GUGAGAGAGUGUGUGUGAUGUAAUUGUUUAACUUCAGCAGGUCAUAAGAGGGCGACGCGUCCGUUAAUCAGCAUCUGAGAUCCGUCAGCGGGACGUCACACACACACACACACACACACACACACACACACACAGACAGACACAGACGCUCCACACACACCGCGAGCUGCUAAUCCACUGAGAAGGUAAAGUUUGCUGUUUCCAUCUGAUGUUGUUGCGCGCGGUGCUGGUGUGUGUGCUGCUGGAGCUGAGCCGCGCUGCUCCACACGCGCACAUCAACCGACUCGCGCUGUUUCCCGAUAAAAGUGCCUGGUGUGAGGCCAAAAACAUCACGCAGAUCGUCGGACACACCGGCUGCACGCCACGAUCCAUCCAAAACAGGGCAUGUCUGGGUCAGUGCUUCAGCUACAGUGUGACUCUGGACUGCUCAGGCAGUGAUGAAGCUCCGCGUGUGGAUAAGUUAGUGGAGCGUAUCCUGCACUGCAGCUGCCAGUCCUGCAGUAAAGAGAGCAGCCAGGAGGGGGCGCUGCUGCAGCUGUACCCUCAUGAGGGAGCCCAGGACUUGCCAUCACUGCCCGAUGCCACACACACACACCCCCAGCACGCUCACAUGCAAGCAGACCAAAGAGAUGCAGACGCACAUUUAGACAUGCACGCGCCCGAGGCUGGGUGAAACACACACACACACGCACAUGCUUUACACAGCCUACUGAAUAACACUCUCCCUCUUCCUAAAGCACUUUCCUCACAACACUAAUCAAUACUUCAAGAAUAAAUGCGCUCACAUUUGCAACUAUAUAUUACUAGCUUUGUUUCUAUUUUAUGCACAUUGUGGAAUAUUGCAUACAAUAUUAAUGGAAAUACACAUUAAAAACGAUUAGACUUGGAUAAACAUUUGUCUGAUAAGGAAUAAACUCUGCUGUAUACAGCUGUAGUAAGUAAACUCA